AAACGAAGUGAGAGGCCCAGGGGGGCAGGGAAAAGAGUCGAGUCGAUCGACCGGGAGAAGCAAAACGAAAUCCGGAUUUGGCCGAAAAAGAUGCAACGUUAUGGAUACCAUGACCGAUCACCAUCGAGAAAGAAGAAUUUGGAUAAAUCACUUCGGGUGAGCGGGGCCUUCAAGCGGCCUCAAUACGCCGGGGUUGUAAAUGACAUACCUUUCCUUAUGGGAAAUGCCGCCUCCUUACUAAAAAGGAAUAGAAUCCAGUUAUUUUUACCAAAGAAGUCCCGCUCUGACGGCCCGACGAGUCAUCUACUAAAAAGGACCCUCCCCGCUGUGCGCCCCUCCUUGAAUUAUUCGGUCAUGCAAUACUUUUUUAAUACUAAGAAUAAAAUGCAUUUCGACCCCGUCCUAGUUCUCAAUCAUUUCGUGGCACCGGGUGUGGCUGAACCAUCUACGAUGGGGGGAGCGAAGGGAGGAAGCUUAGAUAAGAGAAUACGCUCUCGCAUCGCUUUUUUUUUAGAAAGCUCUACCAGCGAUAAAAAGUGUUUGGCCCGAGCCAAAAAGAGGUUGAUCCACUUCAUUCGCCAAGCGAAUGAUCUUCGCUUCGCGGGAACAACAAAAACCACCAUAUCGCUCUUUCCUUUCUUCGGUGCUACCUUCUUUUUUCCAAGGGAUGGGGUUGGGGUGUAUAAUAACCCUUUUUUUGAGUAUGCCCGGAAACAACUCCUAGCUCAAUUUAGGAUCAAAUGUAGGAACCUCAUGGGUAAGGAUAAGGUAAUGGAAUUGAUAGAGAAAUUCAUAGACCUAGGUAGGAUAGGAAAAUUGAUAAAGGGAAUAGAGAUGAUGAUAGAGAUCAUACUGAGAAAGAGGAUAAUUCCGUACGGGUACAACUCUGAUUUGAACGAAGUGCUAAAAAUGCGAUCUUUUUUGUCUAAUAGAACAAACACUAAUACCUUAAUUGAGUCGGUAAAGAUCAAAUCUGUUUAUCAAAGUGCUUCUCUGAUUGCUCAAGACAUCUCUUUUCAACUGAGGAACAAUCCAAUCUCAUUUCGUUCCAUUUUUAGUAAAAUAGUGAAGGAUAUUCCAUUAAUAAUGCCAAAAGGGGUGGAGGGGAUACGUAUUUGUUGUUCUGGUCGAUUAGGGGGUGCGGAAAUAGCUAGAACUGAAUGCGGAAAGUAUGGAAAAACAUCUUGUAAUGUAUUUAACCAGAAAAUCGAUUAUGCUCCUGCGGAAGUAUCUACUCGUAACGGAAUUUCAGGUGUCAAAGUGCGGAUCUCAUAUAGUCAAAAUAAGAAGGGACGUGCUAUAUCCGAAACGUACGAAAUAUAGUAAAUAUUUUAAAUGCAGAUGUAGUAGGGGUCGCGAACCGGAUGGUACACAACUUGGUUUUGGAAGAUAUGGCACCAAAAGUUGUAGAGCUGGUCGUCUUUCAUAUCGAGCCAUUGAAGCAGCGCGUCGGGCUACAAUCGGACAAUUCCAUCGUGCUAUGAGCGGACAAUUCCGAAGAAAUUGUAAGAUAUGGGUAAGAGUUCUCGCAGAUCUUCCUAUUACGGGGAAACCCGCAGAAGUUCGAAUGGGAAGAGGAAAAGGAAAUCCGACGGGUUGGAUUGCUCGUGUGUCCACGGGACAAAUCCCAUUUGAAAUGGAUGGUGUGAGUUUGUCAAAUGCUCGACAAGCCGCUAGAUUAGCGGCGCAUAAACCAUGUUCGUCAACCAAGUUUGUUCAGUGGUCGUAACGUAAUUGGUUAGUGGGGAAAAACCGGGCCGGGACUCAAAAGAAUUUGGCGAAGUGUUUGUUCCUGAACGAGGGAAGUGGAAAGACAAAGAGGGAUAGGGAGCUCGCCUCCUUCUUUUUUUGUAAUCGCCGAAAUUGUACGACGACCCUUCUUGUUCCAGGCAUACGACCCUGAGACGUGACGGUGUCACUUUUCCGGCCCGGUAAAGUGACAGUUAUAUAAAUAAGAAUAAGAAAGAGAAGCGUGAUGUUGUCGU